AUGUCUCACCCUCAACAGCCCCUCCCACAAAACCUCCUCACCCCCACAACCUCAUCAGUCACCAAAGCCGGCAACCCCGUCUUCCCGGGCUGGUACGCCGACCCAGAAGCACGUCUCUACAACGCCCAGUACUGGAUCUACCCAACCUACUCAGCCGACUACAGCGAACAAACCUUCUUCGACGCCUUCAGCUCCCCGGAUCUCCUCACUUGGACCAAACACCCCACCAUCCUAAACAUCACGAAUAUCCCUUGGUCGACGAACCGUGCCGCUUGGGCCCCGUCCGUGGGCCGGAAGCUCCGCUCUUCCGCCAGCGCAGCAGCAGCAGAAUAUGACUAUUUCAUGUAUUUCUCCGUUGGUGAUGGAACUGGUAUCGGUGUGGCGAAAUCGACCACCGGAAAGCCCGAGGGUCCCUAUGAAGACGUCCUUGGUGAGCCGCUAGUCAAUGGCACAGUGUAUGGGGCGGAGGCAAUCGAUGCGCAGAUCUUCCAGGACGAUGAUGGCCGGAAUUGGUUGUAUUUUGGGGGGUGGAGUCAUGCGGUUGUUGUGGAGUUGGGGGAGGAUAUGGUUAGUUUGAAGGGUGAUUAUUUGGAGAUUACUCCGGAGGGGUAUGUUGAGGGGCCGUGGAUGUUGAAGAGGAAUGGGGUUUAUUAUUAUAUGUUUUCGGUGGGGGGAUGGGGCGAUAAUUCUUACGGAGUCAGUUAUGUCACGGCUGAUUCUCCCACGGGGCCGUUCUCCAGUACGCCAAAGAAGAUUCUUCAGGGGAAUGAUGCGGUGGGCACGAGUACGGGACAUAAUAGUGUGUUUACCCCCGAUGGACGGGAUUACUAUAUUGUUUAUCAUCGUCGGUAUGUUAAUGACACGGCUCGGGAUCAUCGCGUGGUUUGUAUAGAUCGGAUGUAUUUUGAUGAGGAUGGGGAGAUAUUGCCGGUUAAUAUCACGGUGGAUGGUGUUGACGGGAGGACAUUAUCUUAG